AUGUUUUUGCAAGAAGGUGAAUGUUUGUUUUCAGAAACAUCAUCGCAUAUCACUUUACAGGCUAAAACCAUUUCGCAAGGUUCGAGAGAAAAACAUCACUGGCGUUUCCGUUUCUGCUCGGCUAUGUCUAACAACCUUCUUAUAGCGGACAUAACGCAGCCUGUAAAUAUCAGCCCCUCGAACUCGAGCACAAAUGAGCGCGUAAAACUCAUGACCGACGCGUACAACAACCCAGUGUGGUCUGACCGCGACAUUGGCGAUCAAAAGAUGGUGAAAGUCCAAGAACCUUUGCUGUUCCAAGUGUGCAUGGUCGAAAAUAUUUGGAGGUCCAAACUGAGCCAGCUUGACGAUCUGAAAGUCCGCAUAGAUCCCAGAAACCAACGUAUAGAUCGUCUGAGCACAUCCAAGAAAGCCCCAAAUGCAGCGCAGGCUGGAAGAACGAGCGGGAACCAACUAAUCACGGCCAUGGACGUUGACUCAGAUGUGCCGGCAGACCUCACUCAAAGCGCGCCAGACAAAUCGAUGUUCAAGCUCACGUUACAAGACAAAUCGGGCGCCAUGUAUUUCGCCAUCAAUUUAUCGCCUCUGAACUUUCUUAAAAACGACGGUAAUUCUUGUAUACUGGGCUCAAAAGCAGUUAUCCUCCCCGGUGCUGUCUUCAAUCGCGGGGCAUUUCUCUUACGCGACAAUAAUGUCGUAUUCAUGGGCGGAAUAAUCAAGCAGUGGAACGAUGGUCGCGACUACAAGCUAGUUGAGUACCUGGAGUCAGAACUUCAGUCGCAAGGCCUUUCGGCGCAGUCCCGAAAGCGAAAGACCCCGGCAAGUUAA